UUGCUGUCCCGACCUGACCUGGGGGGGCUCCCUGCUCAUCUUGGGCUUGGGCUCAGAGCAGGAGGGUGGAAGGUAUGGAGGGGACCGAGGGGCGGGGCCAAGGUAGAGGAGGAGCCCCCUUUCUCCGGGCUGCAGAGAGGGACCCUCGGCCUUCCCGGGCUGCUCGAAGGCUAUGACUCCGUGGGCCCCACGACUCCGGAGGUGGGGGGAGUCCCCUUCCCACCGCCGGAAGCUGCAGCCCCAAAGGGGAGGGGGACGGGGAGCAUCCGGCCGCCUGGAGGGCAGGGGCCACUGGGCUCUGCUUCCUAGUUCCUGGGAGGAGAGGGGACUGCGGCCCACACCCCACAGCCAGGGGUGACACCAGGGUCCCCCAGACAGAGCAGCGCCUCCCUCCUGCCCAGCUUCUGCCUCCGUGCAGCCCUCUCCAGGUCUCUGCAGGAACCAGCGUCCCCUCCCACCGGCCCGGGAUGGAGCACGGGUGUGGCCAGUUUCGUCCUCGACCAGAGCCUGUGCGGGCUGCACCGUGCUGGGUGGGGCCAGAGGGAUGGUGCCCAAGCCCGGUCCAGUGGCCCUAAUGGGCCAGAGCCUGGCCCCACAUUUGCUGGGUUGCAACCCCCAGGGCUAAGCUCCUUGGCUCCCCAAAAGGAGCAGGAGCAGGGGGCUGCCCUGGGUCCCUGCGCCAGGCUCCUCCUUUAGGGCACCUGCAGCUGCGUGCUGUGGGCACCCCCGUCCCUGACCACCACCAAGCCACAGCUGGCCCCGGGUCCAGCAAGGGCAUCUCAGGCUCGGCCGCGCUGAUGGACACACUCAGGGCUCCACCCAGCCCCGCCCUGGGCUCUCUGCUGCCCACACCCUCUGUCCCCAGGGCAAUCGCUUCUUGGAGGUUCCACAAAUGGGCAGGGCCUGGAGGGCAAUGGCAGAGCUGGCCGCCCGUUUAGGCAGGAGUCGGGGUGGGAUGAGGCUGAGCACCCCACCCGCACGCAGUCCCGGGUUCACCUGCCCCUCUGCAGACCCUGGGAGGCCAGGGCUCCCCAAGGCACCGCCUGGCCCAGGGCUGAGUGGCAGCUGCCAGGAGCCGGAGGAAGCCAAGCCAAGGUCCAGACUGUUCCCAGGGCUUCUCGGCCAGCAGCCAGGGAGGGGCACCCGGGCGUGGGCAGGGCAGCGGCCCUGAGCCAGACUGGAGCGGGCGGCUCCGAGAAGGCUGCUGCCCAGGAAGGAAAGGGGGCAGCACGCCUGCGCCCCGAGCCGGGGCCCCAUCGUGCAUGAGAGCAGCCACGGCUGGCCCUGCCAGAGGACAGCGCUGGCCAGGCCCCCAGCUGUCAGAGCACCCUUGCCCACUAUGACAACGGGAGUGUCCCCAUCGGCCUGUGGAGCGCUGGUCAUCAGCGCAGUCCACCUGGGUGGUUCAGGGACACCCAGUCCCCCUCUCCGAGCCGUUCCAGGCGGUUCUUGCUUGGCUGUGGGGUGCGGGCUUUUUGCUUGUUCAGUUGCUUUGGUUUGGGUUGUUUUUGUUUUUGUUUUGUUUUGUUUUGUGGUGCUGGGCACAACUCUGAGCCCUGAGUAUGCUGGGCAUCGCCCGGGCUCACCUCGCCCUGCCGGAUCUGGGCCGAGAGAGGAAAGCGGCUAUCGGCUAUCGCUGCCUUUCAGGAUGUUCUCAUUCAUCCUCCUCUCUGCAUCCACACGACAUGACCAGUUGAUCGACUGACUGACUGAUAAUUGAUUUUUGCAGUACUGAGGGUUGAGCCCAGAGGCGUCCCACCACCGAGCUAAUCCCCAGCCUGUCUUCUCUGCUCUUCUGUUUCUUUUUCUCAUCCUUCUCUUCCUCUGGUUGAGACAGGAUCUCAAGGCGGGAGUUGUCCCUCCUGGGUUUGAACUUACAUGUGAUUCUUCUGCCUCAGCCUCCUGAGUGUCCAGGAUUAGGUGUGCGCAGCUCCAUCUACUGUUUUUAAAUUUCAUUUUGUUUAGUUACCAAUAACCAUUGGCCAGGUCAGGAAACAGAAGCCAGUGGCCAAAUGGCACGUAACUGGUGCCAUUACCAGACGUCCAGGGUGGUCACCUUCGUUACUGCCUGCAAAACGGAAAGGUUCCUGGUCCACUCACAGCAGCCAUGUUCCGAAAGGGCUCCGAACUGCCUGAGAGACAGAGUCAUGUACCGUGUGGCGCACAGGCCAGUGUACCGGCUGCAGCAGAGGGUCCUGCCCGCCCCAGCCUGGAGGUGCUGCCCGGGCUUCCGGGGCCCCAACUGCGAGCACCACGACCCCGCAGUGACCCCCGCGCCUGCAGAGCUGGGUGCCGUCCCGGAGCUGUGGGAGCAGCAGGCUGGCUCUGAACUCGAACUCAGAGAACCUGAGGCGGGUCUGGCACGAGACCUCCAGAAUGAUGUCCACCAGGCAGCUGAUGGUCUCCCAGGUCCCUGGACCACCUCAGCCACUGGGGAUCUAACAGUGGGGAGCGUGGAGGCGAUCGAGACAGAGCUGGAGUCCCCCACUGGGGUCCUAGAGCAGGUGCCGCUGCUGCCUGUGGACACUCUGCUGCAAGAGCACGUCAGCCCCAUCUGGAAGGGCUUCAACGACAGCCUGCACAGCCUCUCCCGGGCCGUGCAGAACCUGACCCUUGACCUGGAGGCCAACCGGCAGGCUCUCUGGCGUGUCCAGGACAGCUCUGUGGCCAGCCUCGACCUCCAGGAACUUGGCGCCAAGUUCGAGGCCAAGGUCCAGGAGCACGGCCGGCGCGUGGACCAGCUAUGGCACAAUCUCGAGGGCCGCCUGGAGGCCCAGCAGCAGGCCCUGCACCAGGCGCUUGCCGAGGUCCAGACGGAGAUGAACACGAUAGUCAAGAGACUGCUCAAGGCCCAGGAGCACCCGAGGACCAACGGCAGCCAGGUUGGGGCAGCUGCGAGGCCUGAGCCCGAGAGCCUGCAGGCCAGGCUGGGCCAGCUGCAGAGAAACCUCUCCGAGCUGCACGCGGCCUGCCGCCACAGGGAGCAGGAGCUGCAGGAGGCCUUCAGCGACGUGAGGGCCACCCUGGUCCAGCAUACGCACGAGAUCAAGGAGCUGUACUCGGAGUCCGACGAGACCUUCGACCAGAUCAGCAAUGUGGAGCGGCUGGUGGAGGAGCUGCAGGUGAACCACACGGGGCUGCGCGAGCUGCGCGUGGACCUCAUGGAGAAGUCUCUGAUCAUGGAGGAGAUCAAGGAGGAGCUGGAGCGGAGGCUGCAGGAGCUCAACGCCACCCUGCAGCAGCUGCAGAGCGCCCAGGCCAGGGACCCCAAGGACUGCAGCUGCCCGAAGCUCUCCUCGGAGCCAGACGCCACGCACGCCCCGGAGGAGAAGCCUGGACCACAGGACGCCGCGAGGGACGACUCCUCUCUGUGGGCCCUGCGUGCCACCGUGGAGGCCACGCUCAGCACCGUGAACACGCUUGGGGCCGAGGGCGAGCACGCACGGGCGGAGAGGGCGCGGCUGCGGAGCCGCGUGCAGGCGCUGGACAGCGAGGUGCGCGCGCUGCGCAUGGCCGUGGAGGACGCGCAACGCGACGCGCGCCAGCUGCACGGCUCCUUCGCGGCGCUGCUGCAGGACGGGCUGCGCCACGAGGCCGCGCUGGCCGCGCUCUUCGGCGAGGAGGCGCUGGAGGAGCUGUCGGAGGGCGCGCUGGGCCCGCUGCCCCUGCGCUACGGGCAGGUCCUCGAGGCGCUGCGGGACGCGGCCCGCGGGCUGCAGGACCAGGCGCUCGGCUGGCAUGCGCUGGAGGCACGCGUGGAGGCCCUGGAGCGCGCGCCGGGGCCUGGGGAGGCCGGGCCGGGCUGCGAGGCCUCCUGCUCCGCCAGGCUCAAGGGCUCCCUGCAGGGUCUCCAGGGCGCGCUCUCCGCCACCCAGCGGGACCUGGAGCAGCAGCGGCGGCUCUUCCAUGCCCUCUUUGGAAACUUUCAAGGGCUCCUGGCUGCCAACGUCAGCCUGGACCUGGGCAAGCUGCAGGCCACGCUGGGCAGGAAAGGGAGGAGACAGAAGGAGCCGGCGGCCCACAGGACGGACGCGGCGCCGGAGCUGGAGCACGGAGCCCCGGGCUCGGGGCUCUGGGUGCCAGGCUCCCCCGUGGCCUUCUACGCCAGCCUCUCCCACGGGACAGGGACAGCCGCCCCCCAGACGGUGAAGUUCAACGCUGCGACCCUCAACGCCGGCAGCAGCUACUUCCCCGAGCACGGCUACUUCCGGGCCCCCACGCGGGGCGUCUACCUGUUCGCAGUGAGCGUGGAAUUCGGCCCCGGGCCUGGCACCGGGCAGCUGGUGAUCGGGGGCCACCAUCAGACGGCAGUGUGCACCGCGGGGCAGCGGGCCGGGGGCACGGCCAGCACCUUUGCCAUGGCUGAGCUGCAGCGUGGGGAGCGGGUGUGGUUCGAGCUGACGCAGGGCACCGUGGCCACGGGGAGCCCCACGGGCACUGCGUUUGGGGGCUUCCUGAUGUUCAGCACCUGAGCCCCCGCGGCCUCCCAUGCUGUGGACUUCCAGUGCCCCUCCACCCCCCAGUCCAGAGCACCUGGCUGCUCCGGGGAGCCUUCGCAGACCCGUGGGGUGCACUGUGCACCCCGCAUGGCCGGGGUUGCACUCCGAGGGGCAGGAUGGGCACGCUGCUCUCUGGUCCGCCCAGUCCCUGCCCGAGUCCUCGGCCCUGCAGCCGCUGCACCCACAACCUACAGCUGCAGGCUCUGCUCUCCCCUGAGGCUGGAAACUUCUGUAGACACUGCAAAUCUGCCUUCCGCUUGGUCUGCUCCCCGAGUGGCUGCCGAAGGAGAAGCUGCAGGCAGAGCCCUGGGCUGGGGGUAGCAUGCCCAGGCCCUGGGCGCGAUCCCCAAGACUGAAGCAAAGUGCAGGUGACAGCUGGCCUAAAACCCCAAAGCAGUGGCCAGUGACUGCGCACUAGGCUAAAUGCGCCCUUUGGUCUCAGAAGUGGUGCAGAGGCCGCCGGCCUGCGCUGACCUAGGGAAAUAAAAUGGUGUUUUUUCUUCCGUCUCA